AUGACACCUGAAGCCAAAAAAAGGAAAAACCAAAAGAAGAAGCUGAAGCAAAGACAAAAAAAGGCUGCUGAAAAAGCUGCUAGUCACAGUGAAGAACCACUUGAAUCACCAGAAAGCACGAUUAGCAUUAGUUUCAAUAAUGGCUCGGCGAAUCAAGCAGAAUCUGACAUGACUUCUAAAUCCGAUGAUCUUCCGGUCUCAUCAUCCACUAAUAUAUCUCCAGCUAAUGAUGCACAACUAGAAAUAUCUGAUACUCAGAAGCUGCGUAAUGAACUGCUCGACGAAUCUGAUCAACAUGAUAUCACUGCGGACUCAGGCGAUUUGCCAAAGAACUCAAUGGUUGAAUGUGACUCUUUUAUCACCCAGACAAAUUCAACUGUGUCCCAAGAAGACAAAAAAAAUGCCCCUGAUUUAUCUUCGAGUGAAUCAUCACUCGAUGUAGUUGCGGCAGAACUCCACGACAAUAAUGAACAUGCCCAGAAAGCUGCUGUAUCCGCUGUGAAAGAGGAUUCUUCCAGUGAAAAAGAGGGCGAAAAUUACGACAGCGUAAUAAUUUCAUCAUCAAACGAUGAUACCCAUCCCCGCUAUAAUCAUUCUCUCUCUUCCGACGUCAGUCUCCUUUCUCCGGAAAUGCCUUCUAGUGGUACGCCAACUUACAAUAUUUCUCUUGAAACAACAGGUAAUGAAAUACAGGACGACAAGGAUUGCAAUGAUAAAGAUAUAAGCUUAAAUACAAGUGAUGAACCUUCUGGAGAGCUCUCAAACGAAGAAGAUGAAGGUUUAAAACUGGAAACGAAUGUAUCAACUGAAGAGAGGAAACAGGACAUUGCUGAUCAAGACAGUACAAACAAAUUGUUUGCACUUAGUACAGAACCAUCUGAGAAUUUAACAAGAAGUUUUGAUAAUGACACUUCUAAAUUGUUUCAAGAUGACGAAGGUAAUCAAAAACUUCCCUGGGAGGAAGAUGCGAAAGAAGAUUUUCACAAUGAGAACAUAAAUGAUACUAAAAAGCCGGCAGAAAACCCUAAAGAACGUGGUGAGGUUUAUGCAAGAAAUGAAGUUUCGAACAAGUCCGACAAUUUUAUAAUCAAUGCGGACAAGAGAUCGCAAUCCGAAGAGAUCUCAGAAGAUAUCUUUCAAGAACACAACAAAGGAGGAGUUGAAGGCCAAAAGUAUUGCACUGAGAAAAAUAUUGAGAAUGAAAGCCAAGAAUUAGCAGGGGAAAGGGAUCAUAAAUUACUAUCGUCUGCUGAAGUUGAUAUUAUAGAACCUCGUAAGGUUAUUCCAGAUGAAACUGAAAAUUUGUUUGCACAGAGUAGUGAAGAGUUGGGAGAAGUCUUACCAUGGGAAUCUGGUAAUAAAAUCACUGACUUAGCAAGCGAAGGGCAAGAGAAACAUGAAGAUCUAUUUGUUGCUUCCGAAAACAAUGAGAAACUUCCUUGGGAAGUUUCUGAGGGCGCACUCUCGUCAGGAAAAACAGAAAACAGCAUGCAAGAUAGUACUGAGAAAAUUACUGAGCAAAAGUUUUCAUUUUUAGAGGAAGACGACGAUCUCUUGGACGAUGACGAUAGCUUUUUAGCAUCCUCCGAAGAAGAAGACACAACCCCUAAUACCGAUAAUACAACAAACUUGACUUCGAAACCGGUUGAAGAAAGAAAAGCAUCACGGUAUGAGCCUAUUAUCGACCAGAAAACAGGAAUGCGCCAAGAGCAAGUUCAAUUCACUAAUACUGCUGGGAUUGUAACACCGCAGCAGAUCCACGGCUUGGCUAAGAGCGUGUUAAAUACGCCCAGCCAACAGGUCAGUGCACCAAACAUGGUCAGUCCUAAGCCUCCUGUCGUAAAAGACAGUCGUUCUAUUUUCAAGAUUAAUGAGGAGAAGAAGAAGUCAGACGCUUACGAUUUUCCAUUGGAAAUUAUUUCUGAAAGUUCCCAGAAGGGUCACGCAAAGCCAGUUGCUGUUCCAACUCAAAGGUUUGGUUCAGCGAAUUCUUUUAGUUCUUUGGAGAAACCAAUCCCACAGAGUAGGAAAGGAUCCAAUAAUUCCAGUAGGCCACCUGUUAUCCCAUUGGGUACACAGAUGCCCCGAUCUUCCAGAACCAACUCAGCAGUCUCGCAAUCUCCCGUCAAUUAUGCUUUCCCUAAUCCAUACAAAGUUCAACAACUACAACAGCCUUCUGUUCAACCAGGUGUGCUUUUACCAAAUACCAAUAUACCUCCCCCGGCCUUAAAAGUGGAGACUGCUACUUCUGUUCCUCCAAUUCGUGCAAGAGGGAUUAGUAAUGCAUCUGUAGGAAGUGCAUCGUCUCUUGGCGCCAGACGUCCAACACAGUACGGCCUCAAUAAUGGGCCGCCUCCGGUUUCGCCAUAUGGCCAAGCUGCCAUAAAUUUACCAACUGCGAAUAAGUAUGCACCUGUUUCGCCAACGAUACAACAGAAGCAAUAUCCGUCAGUGUCACAGAGCCUUGGAACUCCGGCCGCAAAUACCCCUAAUUUUGUGAAAACUCAUAGAGGCCAUACAAGCUCUAUUAGUUCGUAUACGCCAAACCAGAAUGAACAUGCCUCUAGAUACGCACCCAACAACCAACAAUCUUAUCAGGUGCCACAUGCUCCACAGCCUGUUGCUCCUAUAACUGGAAAUCCAAACUAUCCAAACUAUUCAAACCAACCUCGAAAUUCUUAUGCAGCUCCUAUGAUGCCUCAGGCUCAAACUGCGGUAAGCGUCCAACCUCCUACGAACAUUCAAGCGUCUGCUGGUAUUUUACCUCUGGUCACAUUACAUGCCCCUACAAACUUACAACCUCAUGCAAAUAACAUAAUGCCCGCAAAUUUACCGCCUCUUGCAAAUUUACCACUUCCUCAAAAUAUACUGCCAGAAAGUAUUACGCAUCAAGCCAAAAGUAGUGUUGCACCUCCACAGCGGGAAAAUAAUGAGAUGCAGAUAGACAACGAGGCUUUAUUGCAUCGUCAAUUUCCGAUUUUUCAUUGGAGCCCCGCAAGUAAGGUCGUGUACGCAGUUCCAUCCGCUCCUGCUCAAUCGCACUACAUGAUUUCAUCGAACAAUGUACAGGAAAUUAAAGUCACGCCAAUUGAUCAGAUGAUUAAGCCAAACGAUAUGCUCAAAUGCUUUCCAGGCCCUUUGAGUAGUGCCAAAUUAAAGAAAAAGGAUUUAAUCAAAUGGAUGGAAACCACAAUUAAAGCCAUAUCUACAAACGACCCAUCCGCUGAUAUGACUAUAUGGCAACUACUGAAAAUUAAACUUACCGAUAAAGUUAGUUGGGAAGAUAUUUCAAAAUUACUAUACAAUGCUGAUGAGCUUUUAAUGUAUCUAUCCCAACCCUUUCCAAAUGCUGAUAUGGUUCCAAAUGCCUAUAGACUGGAGGUCAAUUGCCAAAUGAGAGUCCUGGCAUUCUUACAAACAGGAAAUCACGAUGAAGCACUUCGCUUAGCUUUGAACAAAAGGGAUUAUGCCAUUGCACUAUUGAUCGGUAGUUUGAUGGGUAAAGACAGAUGGUCUGAGGUCAUUCAAGAAUAUUUAUAUGAAGAGUUUACUGGGGGGCCAAAUGACCAAAAAGUAUUGGCACACUUUCUGCUCCUUAUCUUUCAAGUAUUUGUUGGUAACUCUAAGAUGGCCAUAAAGAAUUUCUACGCUAAUAAGGAGACUAGUCAAUGGGCAUCAGAAAACUGGAAGAGCAUCGUUGCGGCUGUACUCAUUAAUAUCCCAGAAAACAAUGAAGAUCCGCUAUCUAUACCACCUGUUGUUCUCGAAUUUUUGAUAGAGUUUGGUAUAUUCCUUACCAAAAGGGGCUUGACAGCAGCAGCUAGCACAUUGUUCAUUAUUGGUAAUGUUCCGCUUUCUAACGAGCCAGUAAUAACAGAUUCGGAUGUUAUAUUUGAAAGUAUUGGAAACAUGAAUACCUUUGAAAGCGUUUUAUGGGAUGAAAUUUACGAGUAUGUAUUCUCAAAUGACUCUAAAUUUAAAGGAUUUUCCUCUAUUUUGCCACAGAAAGUAUACCAUGCGUCUCUUUUACAAGAGCAAGGUUUGACCAGUUUGGGUACGAAGUAUACCGAUUACCUCGGAUCCUCAAUUAGAAAACUGCCCAAAAAAGAUGCUCUAACGAUGAAUCUCACUCGCGAGUUGAGUGAAGUGGUUAGUAGACUCUCCGAAUCCAAUACAGGAUGGCUUGCAAAACCAAAACUAAGCAGCGUCUGGGGUCAGUUAGAUAAAUCCUUCAAUAAGUAUAUUGGCGGCGAUGAUAUUGAUGCACUGAGUAAAAAAGACGAUAAGAAGAAAGUUUUUGAUGGAUUCACGCCAGGUUCUUCUGCCAAUUCGUCAACUGUAGAUCUUACCCAAACAUUUACACCUUUCCAAGCUCAAGUCACUUCACAAAGCUAUGUGGAUACUACAGCUCUUUUACAUAAUGCUCACAACGCACCAAGCCACAGCGUGCUGCAUUCAAAGCCUUCCCAUGUGUCAAAAGGAUUGGUUGAAGCAAACUUACCGUAUACGCAUAGGAUCGGUGAUAGUUUGCAAGGAUCCCCACAGCGCAUUCAUAAUACACAGCACGCUACCGUUGAACCUCAAAUGGCUUCUUUAAGAAGGGUUAGAACAGAUCAGCAUACAAGCGAAAAGGCUUUGAAGAGUCAACAAAUUUUGGACAAGAAAUCCACGGCCUACACCCCCCAAUUUGGACAAAACCAUAGCAUUCCAAUGGAAAAGUCUAACUCGAAUGUACCACCUUUGUUUGCUGACUUUGCGGCUCCACCUAAACUCGGAACAGUGCCAUCUAAUUAUGUGUCUAGCCCCGACUUAGUAAGAAGGGAGUCUAUCAUAUCUACUGGAUCAGAUUUUCUUCCUCCCCCCAAAAUCGGGGUAUCUGCUAAAACUAAUUCCUCGCAAGGAUCACUUAUGUAUUCACCAAGUGUGGAAGCUCUACCUAUCGGCCCUGUCGUACCACCAAGUCAUGAUAAAGAAUACAAUGAUUCUGGUAACAAAUAUCCUCAAAAAAACACGCUUGAACAUGAUUGUCACAUGUCAGAGAAUAAUAGUAAUACAGACCAAAAUACAUUAAAAGACAGUGCAAAUGUUACGGACGGAACAAUGGAUAUUGAAGAACCUGGCUUUAAUGAUGGAAAGAAUCCUGUUACUAUGGAGGCCAACCAUCACCCUGCCCCCCCAGUAAAUCCUCCUCAAACUGUAGGAAGCGAUGUUCAGCCAAUCCUUGAAUCUAAUGAAGAUGUCCAAAGUAAUGAUGCAUUGGAAACGGAAAAUUCACUCCUCUCGAAUGGAAAUGGAGAAAAUGGCGAGGAACAGCCAGAAAAUAUUUCGAAGCCGACACCGUCAGCAUAUUUACCACCAUCUGAUGGAGUGUUAUUGGAAAACAAAUCACUUACUCAGGAUGAAAAUAGUAUUCCAGAAAUAGUACCAUCCACACAUUUACCAUCAGCAGAAAAGGUUUCAAUAGGAAAUAAGCCAAUUUCUCAGAAACAAGAUGUUCCGGGAAAUGUUGACAUGAAAGUGCUCAAACCUGUCGAGCAACAUAUGUCACCCCCAACCCCAAGAAGUACCGACGCAACCAAAAUGCACUACUCACCAUACAUGCCUCAAGCUGCUGCCGCUAGUGCAAAUGGCGAUAUGCCAACUAUUCUGAAAACAUCGCCCGCUAUUUUUGCAAGAUCCCCUCAGACGCAUGCAUCCACCCCAUCACCAUACUUUCCUCUAGCCAAUAAAACAAACGAAACUUCUCCGUUCGCAUUAUCUGAAUCUAUGUCUCAGUCGCAAAGUAACGGCGAUGCUUCAGAGAAUAGAUUCAGUCCAAUAAAGAAAGCCGAAGUCGUCGAGAAAGAUACUUUUGAACCUACCAUUAGGAAGGCUGCAACCAACCAAUAUAGAGCUUUCAAACCGUUAGAGUCAGAUGUAGACAAAUACAACGACGUCAUCGAGGAUGAAUCUGAUGACGACAAUGUAUCUUCCGAUGAAGCAAAAAAGAGAAAAGAAGAAAAUAUGAAUGUGAAUAUGAAGAAUGAAUCAAAAUCCAGUAACAAGGAUAUGGAUGACAAAUCCAAUGGUUGGUUUGGUUGGUUGAAGAAAGAUACUAGUGACAAAAAAGUUUAUAAAGCCAAAUUAGGCCAUAAGAAUACGCUGUACUAUGAUGAAAAAUUGAAACGUUGGGUGAAUAAGGAUGCAACCGAAGAAGAAAAACAAAAAAUUAUCGAAACUUCGGCACCUCCACCUCCUCCAAUAGUCAAACGUAAGGAUGGCGGCCCAAAGACAAAGCCACGUUCAGGCCCUAUCAAUAAUUCCAUGCCUCCAAUAAAUGCCACUUCAGUUAUACCGAACAACCCAAUCACUGGCGAGCCUUUGCCGAUUAAAACAUCUCCUUCUUCGGCAGGACCUCAUCCAGACAAUUCCCCGUCGCCAUCCUCUCCCAUACCAAGGGCUUCUGGCAUAAACCUGACUGGUAAAAAGGCGAACGGCUUGGAUGAUCUAUUAAGUUUGGCAGGAGGACCCAAACCAGCAAGUACGAGAAGGAAGAAGAAAACAGCGAGAGGCUAUGUUAAUGUAAUGGAUAAUAUACAAUAA